AUGCUAAAGGUGCCAUUCGGUGUUGCCUACGUGAUAGCGCCAGAUCGUUUCGUGACCUUCGAUGGUCGUGUGUUUGCCUUCCACUCAGCAUGUGAAUAUCUGUUGGCCACUGAUCUUAUGCAUCAGCAAUUCUCUCUGAUUGGCAGUUUCAAACGAGAGAGAGCUGGCACGGAAUUGGAUGCGAUUAAAGUGGAGAUUCAGAAGGAUCAAAUUGUGAUGCAUUUGAACGGAAAGGCAGAAGUUGGCGGUCGGGAAGUUUCGAUGCCAUGGCAAAAAGUCGAUACAAUGGACGGAAGUGCAUUGGUGUCGAUUCAUCGUGAAGGAGACUGGACCAUACUCAAAUCAUACAUUGGCGUUGAGGUGAAGUGCAAUUCGGUGCAUCACCUGUGCGAGAUCAAAUUACCCGGACGAAUGCACGCGAAGAGCGGUGGUUUGCUGGGUUGUAAUGAUAACGAACCUUAUAACGACUUGGAUCUCAUCGAUGGAACGCACAAUAAUGAGACGAAUAUCUUGGCUGAACAUUGGGCUGUACAAGGCUCUUGCCGUGCCAAUGAAGCGCCACCGUUGCGUAGCCAAGAGAACGAGAAAUGCGAGGAGUUGUUCAUUUCAUCAGGCAGUUCGUUGAGUGAUUGCUUCUCACAGGUGAAUCCACAGAAAUUCGAGCAGAUCUGUUCAUCGGACCGACCGGAGCAUCAAUGCAGAGCAGUGUCGGCGUUUGUUCACGUUUGCACUAAUAACGGCAUUGAUCUAUCACUUCCAAAACCAUGUGUGCACUGUGAGGAUGGUCUGAAGAUGGAUGAAGAGAUAGAAGUGCCUCAUGCGGGUAAAGGACACGAUAUUGUGUUCGUUGUACAGGAGAAAGCUUGUCUGGAUCCAUACAAACAGAACAUUGCUCGUAUUGCGCAGGCAAUCGGAAGUCAACAAAGGGAUGCACGUUUCGGUUGGAUCGGCUAUGGUGGCGAGGGUAUUCACCAUUCACCACAUAUCCAUUACGGGCAUGAUUCGGCACUUCUCGACAUGAACGCGUUCGUACGUCAAACCCAACACAAAUUCGAGAGCGAAUCCGGUUUUGAGCCGAAGCCAAUGUGCACUCUCGAAGCUAUCAAAUAUGCUGUGGAGCAUUUUCCGUUCAGGUUGGGUGCAGCAAAAAGUAUCGUGUUGGUAACGUGUAAACCAUGCAUUGGUGGUUCACAUUCGGUCAGCCAAUCGGAACUGCAGGAGUUGGUGAUAAGUCAUGGAAUAACGAUGCAUAUGCUUUCGUUGGCUAAGAUCAAGACGUCCGACAAGGUGCAAGCAGUUGGAAUGGACGCCGAUCACUUAUUCAGCCCAGCGGGAUCACCAGUGGGCGAUCGAUCGAACGUACUGAAACCGAGCGAUGUCUGCUCGGUGGUUGCCCAGGAAUCACAUGGAACUGUCUUCAAUAUCGUUAGUUUCCUCUGUUUUCAUAUCUUAAUUCAUCUAAACUAUUUCACCAACUUGUGA